AUGGCGUCUGGUAUUGAUGAAUUCCAGAUGCCGUGCGAGAAACUUGUUAAUCCGCCAGCAGAGAGGAACUUCGAAACCUCUAUCUGUUCGGUGAAAGAUUGGGAGGAUGGUAGCGUGCCCAUGAAUGCCUCCGACGUGAACUGUUUUACUGACGGUUCACGGAUGGGUGAGUGUUCGGGUGCGGCUUACUACUUCACAUACAACAAUCUUGCUCAGGAAGCUGUGAGGUGCUCAAUUCCUCUGGGAUGGGCACCCACAGUUUUCCAAGCAGAAAUUAUGGGUAUUAUCAGGGCUUCUGCAACGCUGACCGACAAUACUCAUAACUAUAGCACCGUUGACUUCUUCAUUGACAGUCAGGGUGCCAUCAAAGCGCUCACUAGCCCAUGGCCAGUUUCAUCACAGACUGCUGAGGCUAUUGAGAUGCUUAAUCAUAUUGGGGAGACUAAGAAGGUAACACUUCAUUGGAUCCCUUCUCACCAUGGAUUUGAAGGAAAUGAAGUGGCUGAUCUGUUGGCCAAGGAUGGUACUCUUACUGGGUACCUUGGCCCGCAGCCCUCUAUUCCUCUAUCCAGAAGCACUGUAAUCUCCAGCAUUGUAAACUGGGCAAGAUUGCAGCAUACCAAAUCUUGGGAAAGCAGCAAGGGUUGUUUAACUUCUAAAGCUUUUCUCUCUGCCCCUUCAUCGGGGCUUAGCAGUAAGCUUUUAACCCUAAAUCGGAAGAAUCUCCGAUCAGUAACACAAACCUUAACCGGGCAUUGUACUUUGAACGGGCACCUCAGAACAAUGGGAUUAGUUGAUGAGGCUAUGUGCCUAUGUGGCCGUGGCCCUGAGACUGUAUUUCAUUUUCUUGGGUCCUGCGACAAGUAUUGUGCCCUAAGGUCAGAACUCUUUGGGAGGCAUGAGUUGCCACCAGAGCAAAUAGUGACUAUGUCUCUGCCCGAUCUAAUUCAAUUCAUAAUCAGAUCAGGGCGGUUUGUAGGUCAAGUUAGAUCUGUAAAUCGUGAGAGUCAUGACUUAGCACAGUAA